AUGUCGCAGCUGGAUGUGGACGUGGACCUUACAGACCCUGUUGCUCAGAUCAAUCCAGCGCCUUCGUCCUCCCAAGAGCAGCAGCGAUUAUCUGAUGAACAAACCCUACCAGACAGAAAGGUCACAAGAUCAAGGAAACAUGUCACCAAGGCGUGUGAAUCCUGUAAACGCGCACGAGCCAAGUGUGACGGUCGUCAACCUUGCGAUCGAUGUACCUCGAGACUGCUCUCCUGCAGUUAUACUAAUGAGGAGGAUCGCCGCACGAGAGGCUCGACUAAACGUAAACUCGAUCAACUAGAACGAGAGAACAAGUUCCUGCAUGAACUGUUACGGACUCUGGAACAUUCAAGCGAUGCUCAGGUCCAACAGGUAGUGUCCAUCGUUCGCAGCAACACCUCUAUCGAUGACAUGGCUGCGGGCCUCACUCGGACCAUGCACGAUCCCAAGCUCACGCGGCAGGGCAGCUCACGAAGUGAGCAGACUCGUAGCGGGAGUGAGACAAACACAUCCAACGAUCAGAAAACACCUCGACGCCACGAAGUUUUCAAAGUCGACCGUCUUACAGAUGCACCACUAUACGAGGUUUCUGCCACCCCAUGGACCAACGUUACCCAUGAUAAUCACUUAGUUUCGCAUCUGGUUUCGCUCUGGGCGACUUGGGACAACCUAUUCCCUGAUGGUGUAGUGCUGGAGUAUUUUUUGCGCGAUAUGCAAGCUGGUCAUACCUCAUCUCAUUUUUGCUCUCCAUUUUUGGUUAAUUGUAUUUUAGCAGCUGGUUGUUUGAACUCAAAUUACGAAGAAACAAAGACGAAUGACGGGAAGCACUCACCGAUACUGGAUCAGUUUCUUGAAGAAGCCAAACAACAUCUAGAAGAUGAUCGAAGCACUUCAAUAGCGAAUUUGCAGGGUGUCGGUAUAUUGUAUCUGGUUUUGAUAAAGAUCAAUCGAGAUCGCGAAGCCUGGGACUAUGCCACUCAAGCUACCAACAUGUGUGCCGAGAUGUUAAGGUGCGGCGAAAGGGAUAGAUACCUCUCGUCUGAAAAUUCGAAUUCGGAACAGGAAAGAGCAGCAAUAGCUUACACCUUCGACGCUGCCAUAUGGGGUACUUUCUGUGCCACUACUAUGUCCUACAUGAUGUGGCAGCGGCCGCAAAUCCUACCACAACCACCCCGACCUUUCCCCGAACGUCCGGCCAAUAUUCUACCGGAACAGAAGUGGAUGGCCUAUCAUGGACCCGGUGGUUCUCAAGAUUUGUUUCUAGACCCUGUCCACAAUCUGCACAGCUCGUUGGCAGUUCUUACCCGGGAAGUGUCACUUGCGAUAUUCCUGGAUAGCGACAGCUUAGCCGACAAAACCAAGGCUUUGGUCAGGAUUGAGAAAGAUCUUACCGCAGGUUACGAAGCAAUUCCGGAUUACAUAAAGAGCUCACCUGCUGCAUGCUACCUUCGUGCCUGGUGGCUGACAAUCAUUGGUACAGUUUUACUUGAUGAGCAAUAUCACGGUGAAUGGGACGCUAUUAUAGGCCGGCUUCGAUCCAUUGCGCUAGAAGUCGUCGACAUUUGCAGACUAGCAUGUUCUAUCGCGGACAGAAGCAAAAUCAGCAUCUUUAUGUGCCAUUCAUUCUAUCAAUCUCUGCUUAUUCUCAUGGACCAAAACAGCUCGCACGCCUACGACGAUGAGAUAAUGGAAUUGCUUGUCACAUUCCGCGCCAUAAGUCAACGCAGUCCUUGGGCUGUUGCUUUGCUUCGCAUGAUACAGAUAGACGCUGUACGUCGUUCUUUCAAGCUUCCGGAGGCUGCGCUGAAGCUUUUUGACGAGUUUGAGAAAAACGAUCUCCAGGCGUGGAAAGAUGAACUACAAAUGAGCAGAUACCCUUACCUCGACUCAUUUUCGCUCAGAUGUAAAGAGGCAAACGACAAAGAUGGCCUGCCGACACUGAUGGGCGAUUUUCUGGAGAAGUUCGAUGCGAUGUGUUUAAACGGCAACCGCAGAGAUUCAGUAUCGUAA